AUGGCGAUCUUAAAGGACGAUUCGGAGAGAUCACCCUUUCAUUCUUAUUACAGACCCAGUGUUGAUGAUUUUACCAGCAUACUAGACAGACUGAAGGCAAGACGACUUCAAAGUACACUGGAAUUUUCGAUUUCUCCAACCUGUUUGGAUGAAGGGAACGAAACUAAACAUGAAAAACAAGAACGGCUCCGUCAAGAAGCUCUGCAGAGGGAACAGUACCUUUUGUCGAUGAGGCCAAACAGACAUAUUGUGUUUGCCGCAAAAUUCGCCAAAAUAAAAAACCAAGGUCUCGCCAGGCGAUGCGAAAACCAAGUUCAUACUUGGAGUCAGGAAAUGGAUCGAAACUUUCGAAUUACAAGCACCCACACGAAAGCCUUACAAAAAGAACUUGUACGCUUGCGGAACAGAGAGGAACGUGGCACGAUUCCUCAGUUAAAGCUGUCAUCGUCAAAUGAGAAAUUUUUAAAGUACUCACGCAAAAGUCGCUCAAAGCAAAGCGACCUAAAACUUCCAAAACUUGGAAGGUUCAAAGAUGAAAGUAAUCGUGCGGGGCAUGUGUCUGAUAAAAGUAACGUACAUUAUGCAUCAGGAAAGGCUGAGUUCAGCGAUCAGUCUGUGAUGCUCCCCACUUUGGAAACUGCGCAGCCUCAGAAAGAUGCUGCGUAG